GAGAUAACCGCCGUAAAAACCACAGAAGAAGAAAAAGGCGGAAGUUAGUAACAAAUAAUUGAAGAAGACAAAGCGACGUUUUAAGUAGUUUACAAGACAACCGCAACAUGUUGAAAGAGUUGGUGAAGGAGCGACUAAUGUCGGCAGCAGAUGAGAUAUUUUCGCAGUUUGAAAGAACGAUAGUGUCGUACGAGGAGGAACUUUCCCGAACAAGGGAGGAGAACGAUCGACUUCGACAACAACUAGAAUAUGUUUACAAGAAUCACGCAGUGCUAAAAGACAUCUUUCAGACAACUGGUCGUCAACAAGAAUGUCGCCCUCAGUUGCAUGUUAAAGAGGAAGAAGAGGAACUCCCCAAAUUCUUACCGCCUGGUGUCUCUGUGAAGACGGAGCGCGAUAAAGACAGAACACCCAAGUUGUCACAGCUUCAUCACAGCCCAAGUAAGGAGAACAGGGCAGCGGAGCCUCCAAGCAGCACCUCACGACACCACAUGACAACAGAAGCUGAUGGAGACCUGAUUGCGCCACUGUCAGAUAGCGACGGCGCAUUACACUCUCCUGCGGCUGAAGACGUGGAUGACGGGCAGGAAUCUUUGAGCAGCGAUACAGACUGUGAAGGUGAUAUCAGGACUCACACUGACAACAAAGAGUCUGAAUGCGCAACAAAGAAGACCGGUGAACAAAGUUUGACCUGCUCAGUAUGUGCUAAAACAUUUACUCAAAAGUGCAAUUUGACGCAGCACAUGCGGACACACACGGGAGAAAAACCCUUUAUUUGUUCAGUCUGUGGUCAAAGAUUCUCUACGAAAGGAGCGAUGAUACUGCACAUGAGAAGACACACAGGAGAAAAACCUUUUUGUUGCUCCGUUUGUGGCGAACGUUUCUCCCGAAAGGGGAAUGUGGUAACACACAUGAGAACGCACACGGGAGAAAAACCCUUUUGGUGUUCAGUUUGUGAUAAAAGAUUCGCUCAAGACGCUACGUUUCGAUCACACAUGAGAACACACACGGGAGAAAAACCCUUUAGUUGUUUAGUUUGCGAUAAAGCAUUCGCUCGGAAGCUAACAAUGGUAUCGCACAUGAGGACGCAUACUGGAGAAAAACCGUUUUGUUGUUCAGUUUGUGGUAAAAAAUUCUCUCAAAAGUCAAAAAUGGUAUUACACAUGAGAAGACACACUUGAGAAAACCCUUUAGUUGUUCAGUUUGUGGUAAUAGAUACAUAAUACAUGAGGACAUACACAGGAGAAAAGCUGAUCAAGAAGGGUUGGCUCAUGCUUUAACCAAAUAAUCUUCCAAUGUACUUUCUUACAUUCAUGGAAACAGAAAGUUCAUGGCUUUCACAUUAAGAUAAGCAAGAAGGUUUAGUCCUGGAGCAAAAUGGCAACCUCUGAAAUUUGAAUUAAAAAGCCAGAUUAAAAAAAAAAGAUUUUGUGGAGCCUAAAAGUUGGAACUUUGACCCUUGAGGUGACAUCAUUAAUUCAUCCUCACUUAUGGGGUUAUGCUGGAGCCUAUCCCAGCUGGCUUUCAGGUGAGAGACGGGGUACACCCUGGACUGAUCACCAGCCAAUCACAGGGCACAUAUAGACAAACAACUAUUCACAAAUGGAAAAUUUAGAGUCCAAUUGAUUACAUAUCCAUUUAGUAUUAUUAUUUUGAAAUAAAAAUAAACCACAUUAUUAGCAAAUAGGAUUUUCUAAUACACUUAGAAAAACAUGGAUGAUACUCUACUUCAGUGAUUUUUCAACCACUGUGCCGUGAGGAAAAUUAACAUUUAUUAAUAAUUUUCUUCAAAUUUUAUGUAAUUGUCUAGUGUCCGUGGUGUAAAGACUGGCAGAGCAAUGUAAUAUUCGUCCGUGUGGCAACACGUAGCGGAUUGCCUCGGUCCUCCCUAUAGACUUAGUGAUGCACGUGAGAGGUCGCGGUGACAUUUUGUGGCAUUUUUGGUUAGUUGGUGUGGCUCAAAAAAGGUUAAAAACACAGCUGUACUGUACAUGUGAAGUCAGAAGUCGCUUACACAUUUUUGUAAUUAAAAAAAUAAUUUUUCACCUCUUCGCAGCUCUCUUCUGUUUUCCUCAUCCCUCACCUUGAGGUCACUACUCAACUUCGCCGCUAGAUGGCAGCCGCAUAACGUCAAGGAUGCAUAAUAGGCGUGAGAAGCCCUAAUACUUAUGUCCACCAGGUGUCGCACUUAUACCUGAGAUCAUCUUAAAGCGGCUUGUCGCAUAUAUUUGAUUCCUUAUAAAUAGACAAGUUAAUCACAAUAAUUGUCACUAAUUAUUUUUUUUAUUUUAAAGGUCACAUCGAUUUUUGCAUAUCAAUCUUUUCUCGGUAUUAGUUCAGGCUAUGAUAAUAAAUUAGAAUAUCAAGCAAAGGUUAUUUGAUUUAGACU